AGUUACUCUAGUUAAGUAUUUGCGUCUUGUGCAACUGUAAUAAAAUAACACGCGAAAACAGUUUACAGAACGGAUUAGUCACCGAGGUAGCAAGCUAAACAGCGUGAACAAGAUGUUGCGAGCAGUGUAGCCGCAGCGUGCACUGCGCACUGCUCGACCAGCGUUUUCAAGGGCAGUGGCUCCACGCUUGGCCUCCGCCGAUGGCAUGAAGGUUGAGAGCUGGCCGGCGGGGGGCCGCCAGUAUCGCUGCCCGACCACGGGCUGUGGACGCCUGUUCAGCUCAAAGUUCAAGCUGCUUCGGCACGCACUCAUCCACGGUGGUGAGCGGCCCUUUCAGUGCCCGUCGUGCGAGCGCCGCUUCCACCGCAAGGACCACCUCAAGACGCACCAGCAGGUACACGACCCCAACAAGGCGCUGCACACGUGCGCGCUGUGCGGCAAGAAGUACAGCUCGGCACUCUCGUUCCGCAAGCACUCAGCACUGCAUGCGGCGGAGGCGGGCGACCCUGUCUGCCGCCUGUGUGGCGCGGCCUUCGCACGCCGUGAAGAUGUCCUGCUGCACCUGAAGGUGCACUCCGGUGCCUCUUCACGACUCGUCAAGCCGCCCACCGAGCGCCGUUUCAAGUGCGACCGCUGCGAGCGCUCUUUCUUCACGCGCAAGGACGUCAAGCGUCACCUGGUGGUGCACACGGGCCAGCGCAACUUCCAGUGCCAGUUCUGCCCGCAGAAGUUUGGUCGCAAGGACCACCUGGUCCGUCACACCAAGAAGACGCACCAUGGCCAGGCAGCCGCUGCCCCCUGGGCGACGGCCUUCGCACCCUCCACAACUGCCAUGAGCGUCGUCUCGGCUGCCACUAUGGCUGAGGAACCACCGCACCACCAUCGCCCGCCUCCUCCGCCGGCCAAUCCGACCCUUUUGUUAACGGGUGGUUAUUGUGGCGGGCCUAGCAUUGUUGCAGCGCCUCCACCACCUCUGCCACACUUCAGCCAGGCCUUCCAGUAGAGCCUUUCAAAUGGUCUCCGUUUCCCAAACGGCGCUUGUUGCCAGAAUGCACUGGUUGUAAGCCGGGCAUUCCAGUAGACAAGCGACAACCCCCUCCCCCUUUUUUAAAAUUCUUUCUUUCUCUUGUCUCGCUGAAAAGUCUUGACAACAGCUGUGUCCUGUCCUGCUAGGCUUGCUUCCAGUACGUGUUGGGUCAAGUGUGUUGCACGAGAGCAGCUUCACUGAGCAACGCUAAACACACGCUCAAGUGCGCCAUGGCGUGACUUAGAAGUCACCCUAUUACUACUAUGGAUGACAACUGCAGUUAGUGGGUUGUGAGUGAUAAUCCUUCCUUCAACUUUUUGCGGGUAUCACCACACCACUGGCAGGUGCAGCGCCAUGUAGGAUGAUUUCUAAACAAAUGUUGAUGUUUACGCAGUAAUGAUGUCAUCAGACCAUGUAGCAUGGCACUGGUCCUGCACAUUUUGUUGUCAAUAUUAGGAUGGUGCUCAAGUUCGAGGCCAGAAGCUCUGGUUAUCAGUGCCUUAAAUCUCCUCAGUUUAUGGUAUCUACUUCCUCAGUAACGCCAGUUCAAGUUGCAUGUGUACUAUGCCAGUGUUUGUUCUGAAAGAUCUGUCUUUGCACAUUUGCAAAACAAAGUCCUCCAUUUAUUGCAAGGCCUGUGAUGAUGUGCAAGAGAUGCAGCAGAACUAGAUCUCUCUAGCCUUGUCCGGUGUUAUAACUAAUCUUUUUUUUUUUUUCAUAUUGCAAUAACUCUGGCAAGUGAAGCAUGAAGUGCCAGUGUGAAGGCACAGACGUGAUUGCAGCAAGUGUUCCGUUUUCACGCACAUUUUACUAAAGUUCUGCUUCCAGCAGUUGUUAAAACGCCAGAUAAAUUAGCCGCAUUUGUUCCAUUGUUGCCAAUUUAUGAUGUCAACCUGUUGCACACUGAAUGACUAGCAUGUAGGUCAUGGGAGCUUCACCCCCACCCUGCAUGUGCUUCAGCAGAUACGCUUAGAUUUAAUCACACUUGCACAGGCCUUCUUUCAAGAAUGAAAAUUGGAAAGACAAAUACUCACACUCCUGAUUGCGAGUACAUGCAUGCGUACUAUAGCAUUCCAAGCAGUUCUUGCUGGAGUCAAGUGCCAAUCACAUGAUAGUAAUAAGAAUAGUGGAUAUUUAGAGUAUGGUGUUUUCAAGUUUGGAAUACUGACAUCAGUUGUCAUUGUCUGUCACUAUGUUCAAAACUAGCAGGCCAUUAGUUCUUGUGCUUGAAUAUGCCUCUUAGCACAGUCCAUAUACAGGCACUUAAUGUGCUGCUACCUCAAGAUGUUCAAUGCCACGGGAGUGCGCAUGUUUUUCUCGCACUCCUGUUGAUGGCAGUGCACUUUGUUUCGUGCGUACCUGAAUAUACCGGUGAAAGUCGAGUCAACAUUGGCGCGGGGAAGCCCUGAAAAAUGGAGGUGAAAUUAAUUGGUGCACACCGCAACGCCGGCUGCCUGCGCGGCACCUUCAGUGUGUUCAGAUGAUGUACCUGUUUUUACUCUUUAGCUCUUUUACACCAAGUAUUUUACGAGUCUUUUUUUAUAUAGCCAUAUAUGUUGCCUUAUACACACGUGCAUAUUUUAUCUUUACAUGAGUGUUGACUACCUCCAGGGGAGAUCUGCCUCUGUUCCCGGUGAGAUUCCGGUGUCCCCCUUUUUCGAGACCAGUGAUGUAUGUGUUCAUUUUUGUGCCUUUUUCUGCACCCCCUUUUAAGCCAAGGAGGGCUUGGCCCACGCUCUGCUUGGUACCCAGAUUGCAAUACGUCUUAUUUUUCUCGUUGUACCUGCGGCUAUGCCACUUGUGCCAUCAUCCUUGUUUUAUAGCAGAGUGGUGUACGUCAUUCCCAAUGUAUUUGUGGCUGUUGCAAUGCUUUUUGCAUAGAUACUUGUUUAUUAGCCGACCACGCAAACUAGAGUUGACUUGCAAUAAUUAAAACUACUUUCAAUUUAACGUUUUGGUUAGUUUUAUGUUUAUGUUGGUCUGCCAUGGUUCCAGUGAAUUUUUAAAUUGUACAGUUCAAGUUAUACCUUCUGCCGCAGCCUGUUUAAGCUGCCGCAUUCACAGCACAGCACAGAGCAAACCGAUCAAAAUGUAGCUGGGUAUAGUUGGUAUAAAGCAGCAACGCUUACGUUUUUUUAUAUAUACCACUCAUGACUGGUUAGUCUUACUGAUAGUGCAAUAGGAGCGCCAUUCAAAUCGGAAAGGAAUUGGCGCAGAAUCACUAUAUCAUUGUAAGCUGCACUGUUGAAAAUUGGCAUUAACAAACCAGUAGUACAUUUGACUCAGAUAUCUGGUGAACCUAUUGUGCACAUACCCAUUUGCACAAUACUGCUAUCACGAACUAACGUAUACAUUACUGACGAAAGAAAGCUCCAUCUCUUAGCAGUUUUGAAUUAAUGCAAGUCGACCAUGUUGCAUAAUUAUGUGCACUUGACGAUAGGAACAUGUUUUGUACCUGAAUGAAUCGUUACAUGUCUGAAGUUGGCCAAGGAUUUAUAAGGAGUGAAGCAUCUGAUGAAUUGCAUUUACUUUGAUGCGGAAAAUAAUGAAGUUGCAGGCUAGUUGAUUUAUGAUUACAGGUCAGGUAGCACAGACAGAUGUAUGACUCAAAUUUUGGGGGCAUACUCCGAGAGCAUGUGCAGUUUCUUGCAUGUUAAUUUUGGAAUGUGCAAUUUGCAUAGUGGUACUUUGUGAUGCCAAAAAUAAUCGAGUUGCAGGCUAGUUUAUUUACGAUUACAGGUCAGGUAGCACUGACAGAUGUAUUAUUCAAAUUUUGGGGGCAUACUCCGAGAGCAUGUGCAGUUUCUUGCAUGUUAAUUUUGGAAUGUGCAAUUUGCGUAGUGGUACUUUGAUGCCAAAAAUAAUCGAAUUGCAGGCUAAUUUAUUUACGAUUACAGGUCAGGUAGCACUGACAGAUGUAUGACUCAAAUUUUGGGGGCAUACUCCGAGAGCAUGUGCAGUUUCUUGCAUGUUAAUUUUGGAAUGUGCAAUUUGCGUAGUGUUACUUUGAUGCCGAAAAUAAUCGAGUUGCAGGCUAGUUUAUUUAUGAUUACAGGUCAGGUAGCACAGACAGAUGUAUUAUUCAAAUUUUGGGGGCAUACUCCGAGAGCAUGUGCAGUUUCUUGCAUGUUAAUUUUGGAAUGUGCAAUUUGCGUAGUGGUACUUUGAUGCCGAAAAUAAUCGAGUUGCAGGCUAGUUUAUUUACGAUUACAGGUCAGGUAGCACUGACAGAUGUAUUAUUCAAAUUUUGGGGGCAUACUCCGAGAGCAUGUGCAGUUUCUUGCAUGUUAAUUUUGGAAUGUGCAAUUUGCAUAGUGGUGCGAGACUAUUCAAAAAGUUUUAAUUGAAUAAUAUACUUUUCAUUGUUCGGAGUUCCAUCGUAACUGCUUGUAAACAAUAUUUCUUCAAUAUAGCAAAAUGCCAAGGAUACCCAAGUUAAUGUAAAAUCGGUGCAAAAGUACAAGCGAGUCCCUAAGGGCAUAGUAUAAGCAUAAAACAUAAAAACAUCUUAUGUUUUAGUUCAGCAGGCUACUUCAGUUCGUGAGCAAGGGUUUUCCAGCUGUACAGUGCUGUUUUUCGUACUCUGAGAUGUGCAUGCAAAGAACCUCUUUAUUGGUUCCUUAUGGACAACUUGUGGUUUAAUGAUAAAUUUGCGAGUACAAGCAUGCAAACAUCUGUUCCAGUGUUGAAAACAUGCUUGAAAUUUGAUUUGCUCUCGGAAAUGAAUUGCUUGCACACCCCUAAAAGUCUGUGUGAAACGACGAAGUGUUGCAUGCACAGAUGCUUCUCAAAGGUUGCAAAAAUGGGAGCUGUACUGGAUGGAAAUUUCGCAUCACGGAAUUGCCAUAGAGGUUGCAAUGCGGAUUCCUGUUCUGCUUUUGAUCAACCUGUGAAGUUCAAGUUGCAAUAGGCUGUAAAUAUGUAGGACCAAUAACUGGUGCUAAUUCUGCUACGAAUUUAGAAAAAAGAAAUUAACACACAUCGACAACAUGUUAUGCUGAAAUAAAAUGCAGUUAGUCCCUUUUACUUGGCUGCAGAACAAAGUACAGUACUUGUGGAUUCAAACCAGACAUCUAAAAUUUUUAAUAUAACCACUGAUAUGCGCAAUUGCUCAAGAUAAUCACGGCACAUCGCAACGAAUCUGGUCUCUAAAGAUGUUGCCUCUGAACUACGUGUUCGAGUUGAAAUUACGCCGAUGUGACCCAAACUUAAGGCUGUGGAAACUAAAGAAUGCGCGUUACUUACCCCGACUUGUCCCGUUUCAAUCCUAGAGUAUUGUACUUCUUGACAAAUUUGGCAGGCACGUGAAGUCUGCGUUCAUUAACUGGCACUGCGAAAUUUGGAUUUGUCCAGUAAACCCAGAGUUUAUGGUUAUGCCUUGCACCUUUCCUGUUGCAUUAACCACCUGUUUCAGUGCAUGCCAAAGUUAGAUUUUCCCUAGUAUAGAAUUUUUGUUCUGACGAAAGGUAAACUGUAUGCCCAAGGCAUAGAGAAACGUCCCUUACGUAGAUGGGGUAUCAAAUCCACCACAGUUGCCUUUCCACUGUAGUAUUCUUGUUAAUCAAGCCGCAAAACCAAAGAUGCUCCGGUAUGUUUGAACGUGGAAGCACUUUGUGAAGUCAAUGGUAUAGCUGCACAAUAUUUCUCAUACCAGUUACUGUUUGAAAGACUCCUGUUUUCAUGUAGCUUCACACUUAUGAAAGUGAUUUUGUAAAGCGAAUUUGCUAUGUUUGUAACCUGCAAAAGUUCGUACUACUGAGCCAAGUGUUUACGAUGGUGUUACAUGCCAAGUUCUCAAUUCAUCGGGCUCGCCAAUGUAUCACAGGUUGAAGGAACUUGUGCAGCAAUACUUAUCUCACAAAAAAAAAGGAGCCUCUUGCAGUGCACAGGGCCAUUUCUUGUGGCCCUCCUUGGCUGGUUGCAGAUGUACCUGAGCCCAGAUGUAGACAACGGGCACCCCCCCUAGUCAUCCCCAGACGACUGGGGCUGGCCAUAAAGCAUGCUCAGAAGUGCCUUCCUAUUUUGCUUGUACCUCAUGUAGUCCCGGUGUGUCACGUUUAUUUUUUUUUAUACAAUAAACAUACUCCCAAUCAAA